UUUUUUUUUCUCUCAGCUGAAAGAGAAGACUUGGAGAGCCGGGCUUUUAAAACUGAACGACACUCCUCCUGCAGGCUGAAUGCACCCAGCCCAACCUCAACAGGACAAAACACCGAGAAAACAACGCGUUACACGCACACAGCCUAUCCAGAAACAGACAACAGAGAGAAAAUGUGAACAUCUUUUAGUUGUCACGGUGUUGGAGUAGUCAACAGUAACCGGGAAAGAUGGCGAGGACACAGACUUGCAUGUUCCUCGCCUUGGCUUUGCUGGGAAUUUUCUUCAUCGAUGUCUUGGUGAAAGGAGAGCUGCAGGGAGAGCAACAGGAGGAGGAGGAGGAGAGGUCCUGUCAGGGCGCCUUCGACCUCUAUUUUGUCCUGGACAAAUCUGGAAGUGUGAAGAAUCACUGGAUAGAGAUUUACUCCUUUGUGGAGCAGCUGGCAGAGAAGUUUAUCAGCCCCAUGCUGCGAAUGUCCUUCAUUGUCUUCUCCGAACGAGGAACCAUCAUCAUGAAACUGACUGAGAACAGGGAGGCCAUCACUGGAGGCUUAACAGUUCUGAAAAGAGUUAUCCCUGGAGGAGACACACGUAUGAACUUAGGCCUGGAGAUGGCCAAUGCGCAGAUAUAUCAAGAGAAACACGGGACGGCCAGCGUUAUCAUCGCUCUGACAGAUGGAGAACUGAAUGAUAAGCAGUUUGACACAGCUCAGCAAGAGGCACAACGGGCCAGGUCUAUGGGAGCCAUUGUUUACUGUGUAGGGGUCAAAGAAUUCAACCAGACUCAGCUUGCAACUAUUGCAGACACUGUGGAACAUGUGUUUCCCGUAUGGGGAGGCUUCCAAGCCCUCAGAGGAAUCAUUGACUCGAUCAUCAAGAAGUCCUGCAUUGAGAUUCUCGCGGCAGAGCCGUCCAGCGUGUGUGCAGGAGAGAGUUUCCAGGUGGUGGUGAGAGGCAAUGGGUUUCUCCAUGCCAGAAAUAUUAACCAGGUCCUCUGCAGCUUCAAACUGAAUGAUACACACAGUGUGGAUGAGAGACCAGCUGGAAUAGAAGAUACCUUCCUGCUCUGUCCUGCUCCUGUCGUGGACGAGGUUGGGAGGGUGAUCUACCUGCAGGUGAGCAUGAACGAGGGCCUCUCCUACAUCACAAGCUCUGUUCACAUCACUACCACUGAAUGUUUCGACGGCACCAUCGUGCUCAUAUCGUUGCUGGUGGUUUUCCUGCUGUUGGCUCUGCUGUUAAUGUGGUGGUUCUGGCCUCUCUGCUGCACUGUGGUGAUCAAAGAACCUCCACCGCCUCCUCCCCCAGAACCAGACUCAGAUGAUGAAGAUGGGAUGCCCAAAAAGAGGUGGCCCACAGUGGAUGCAUCCUAUUAUGGAGGAAGAGGAGUGGGUGGCAUCAAACGAAUGGAGGUGCGCUGGGGAGAGAAGGGGUCCACCGAGGAAGGUGCCAAGCUGGACAAACCUAAAAAUGCAGUUGUAAAGAUGCCAGAGCAGGAAUUUGAACCCUAUGAGCCCAAGCCUCGAAAACCACCCCGCCGCGCCCCACAGCAGAGGAGGUGGUACUCACCCAUCAAGGGGAAGCUAGACGCUCUGUGGGCUCUGUUCAGGAGAGGGUACGACCAGGUAUCUCUGAUGAGACCGCAUCCUGGAGAUCAGGGUCGCUGUAUUAGUUUCCAACGAGUCAAAGAUGGGGACUCCACCCCGAACCACCAGGCUCCGCCUCGCACACAUCACUCUCCCUCACGUCCUCCUCCUCCACCCGCCGAACAGCGACCUCUUGUCUCCAACUCGGUCCCCCGUACAAAGCCUCCGUCGAGAGGGCCCCGCACCACGCCACCCUCCCGCGCACCACCUUCUGUGAUCCAACCCCCUCCAGGUCCACCCCCAACUCGUGCACCCCCUGGGCCUCCAGGGCCUCCGCCAUCUCGACCCCCACCCAGGCUCUGAUGAUUGAAGAGAGAGCAUCCAAUGAAGAACAUCAAGUUGUUCCAUAAAUAAAAAUAUGUCCUCCUUUCACCCCAAAGACUGAGGCAGCAAAGAGGUGUAAAAUCUUAUAAGGCAGGAGCUCUGACUGGAAGCUCUGUGCUUUGUUGCUGGACAGCAAGAAAAUAUUUAUCUGAUAUCCAAAUCAGCUACUGAGUUUCAUCAAAGAUAACAUUUUUAUAGAAACAUUAUAGAAAAGACAAGCAUGUAGUUACUUGAUUAAGCCUGUAUGUACAGUAUUAGAAGUCAUGUUGAUUUAAGUGGUAAGAGUAAGUGCAAUUCUUUCUGGUAAUUCAACAUAAAGGAUCGAUGUGUUGUUGAAAGUUAGAUUGUGACUGUUUGUGCAUGAAUGCUGACGGUAAGUAGACAUGUUUACUUUGGGUUUGUGGAGAAUAAUAAUGUUGAACCAGGAUGUGAUAAAAAUACAGCAUGUAGUGAAAGAUAAUGUUGGUUAUGUUGGCUUUGGUUUUUAAACAUUUACUAUCUAGGGUGCAACAAAUCACUGAUUCAUCAUUUUAGCUUUUCAACCAAAGAAACUUUUUCUACAUCCUAGUUAAAAUUUAGUGCAAGAGUUCAGUGACCUUAAUGUAACUGCAGGGCAGUUUCUCCAUACUUUAUUUAUUGUAAUAAAAGCCCUGUCUGCAUCUGUUUUCUAUUUAGUAUCAGGUGGGUUUCUGGGUUUUCCAAUCUCUGAGGGAGGGUAAGAUCGAGGUGGAUAUAAGGAAGCAUUGGGGCACGAAAUCUGAUGUAUUUGUGGUCUCAUUUGCACCUUCAAGUGAAAGUUUGCAUUGAAAGUUUGUAUCUUCAGGGUUCUCCUGUAUACUGCAUUUACUGACUGAAAUGAUCAUUUGCAUUAUUUCUUUAUUAAUAACCUUUUGUGUCUGUCUUCAAUAAAGAAAAUGGGUUUUUUUA